AUGAGCUUCGAAAAAGAAGAACCCGUCCCGAUUUUUGUCAAACCAGAAGAUUUACAUCUGUAUAAUUCAGUUAAAUUCGUCGAUGUUCGUAGCCCGACAGACUAUGCCGAAGGCCACUUGAAUAAUGCUGUCAAUAUGUAUGAUAUAUUCACAUACUUAUUGCCUACAUCGACAGAAGAGGGAAUUCAUAAGAUGAAUAAUCACUUUCAAACACGGUUUGGUGAAUUAGGCAUAACUGGACAAGAACAUAUAAUUAUUUACGAACAAAGCAUGAACAAACAGUAUGGUGCAUCGUGUCGAGGUUUCUUCAUUUUCAAGCAUAUGAAGCAUCCACAUGUUUCAACACUCGAAGGUGGUUUAGAUGCAAUGAUUCGUUUUGAAGGUAGUACGCAAACAAUAACAAAGGAGACACCAGUAAUCAUACCAUGUCAAUACCAUGGAAACGAUGAUGAUACGUUCGAUUCUUGGAUGGCUAGUCGUGAUGACAUUUUGCAAGUACUGAGUAACAGACUAGUUGGAACAUGGCUUGUAGAUGUACGAGAUGCAGUAGAAUGGCUUGGCCUGUCGUCAAGUCCAUAUGGUGUUGACUUCACACCUCGAAGAGGAAGAAUACCUCGAUCAGUGUGGAUUGAAUGGCAUAAAUUUCAUAAAUUGGACAACGAGAAACAUGUAGCUAAAUCGAAAUCAAAUGAACAGAUUCAAGCCCUGAUGACAACAUACGGUAUUCAAAGCGACGAUGAAAUCAUUAUAUACUGCUUUAAAGGGUCAAGAGCAGCCGUAGCAUUGAUGAAGCUGAAAGAAGCUGGCUAUAGUAAUGUGAAAAAUUACUUUGCAUCAUGGAAUGAAUGGUCUCGUGACUUUCAACUACCAGUAGACGAUAGAAUACUUGUUGGCAACAAAAAAUAA